AUGGAAUCGCCAUCCAUCCCAGACCAUCGCCCCCAGAAGAGAUCUCCCGCAAGAUCUGGUGCUAUUGUUGAAUCGCACGAUUUUGAAAGACAUUUCAAUCACUCAACUUGGACUUCCGUGCGCUCCGAUUCACCCCAGCAAACAUACGAGUCGCCAACAUUUGGCCAGCCAGCGAUUGGAAGACCACCAAUGGGAUUGCCACAGCCAUCGAUGCCUUUAAAGCCCAAUGCUAAUGGUCUCUCUAAUGGUGUUAAUAAUCGCGAGCCUGUUGACAAGCCCUCCAUCGAUCAGGAGUCUGUAGCGGGUUCAAUCGCUACCUUGGACUUGGGCUACCAUUCCAUAGGCCAGCCACAGUCACGCCGCGAGAAGCACUCAUCGUCUUCAACAGGCCAAGUGUGCGACCAGCGAUCUUUUAGCAACCUCUCCUUCGACCAGCAUUCUAUCGAAACCCAAUCGCUUGGUCACCAUUCUAUAGGCGGGUCACCGGGUAGAUAUUUUCUAUCGCCUAGUUCCUCCACCCGCGAUCUGCGCUCGUCGGCUUCGAACAGGUCGCUAUGGCGAAACUCCGUUAUCAAUGAACUACCAAUACUUCAGCAAACCAAUCCUAAUGAGGGUUCUGAGCAAUUUCACCCUAUCAUUGAAGAAAAUGAGGAAGCGUCCUUUGACCUUGUCGCACCAUAUAACGGCGACAAAGUGCCACUGCAUACGCUGGAGCAACAAGCAGAUCUUAUGUUCUGCUCGGAUCAUAUGUUAGCAAUUCUGAGCAAUCCACGCUACCUUGCGCGGUUCCGCGAGUUCCUCGCCCAAGAACGGCCAGGCUCAAUCUCGACUCUCACUUACUAUCUCAAUGCUUCCAAGUCUCUGAAGGCAAUCCAGUAUGCCAACGCGCUUGUGCGCUUGUCUGUUGACGUGCCUACUGCCGGCAUUGAAACCGCAGAGUACCCUGUUGGUCCGACUAUCAACAUAGCCCUCGAACAGCGUGUACAGGCAGCGCUGGAUGCUUUGACCGCCGAGGAACUGCCUGCUUUCAUCACUUCGACCUGUAUAAAGAUUACCGGCAAGGUUGUCGAGGAGCGCAUACGAGGGACUUUGCCUGCUAAGUUUCAAGGAACGUCGGAUGGACUGGCGGAGGUAUUCUGUCUGACAGAUCCAUCGCGACCGGAUAAUCCUAUUAUUUUUGCAUCUGAGGAAUUUCAUCGCACUACACAAUACGGCAUGGAAUAUGUCCUCGGACGAAACUGUCGAUUUUUGCAAGGACCAAAAACAAAUUCCAACAGUGUUCGGCGAAUCCGAGAAGCGCUUAAAGCUAGGCGACAUCAUUCAGAGCUUUUUCUGAACUACCGCCGGGAUGGGUCACCGUUCAUGAAUCUUCUCCAAAUAGCUCCUCUGUGUGACAGUCGUGGAAGAAUCCGCUACUUCAUCGGUGCCCAGAUCGAUGUCUCCGGGUUAGCAAUGGAGGGCGCCCAGAUGGAAUCCCUUCAAAAGAUGCAGACACUGAAAACCGAUGCGGACGCAUACAGCCAGUUAAAAAAAGAACCAAAGAGCGAAUUUCAAGAACUCGGCGAACUACUCAGUCCGCGUGAAUUGCAGAACGUCCGCCAACACGGAGGAAGUCUAUUCCAGCCGACCAUCAAUGAAAAUCCCCACCAUCGUUUGUUCCUUCAAGAUUCCGAUACAGAGAGCGAAGUUCACGUCCCCUUGCAAGGGUAUCCAAGUCCCGCAUCCGAUCCAGCAUCUAAUCUGUCGCUAAGCGGUGUAUACAAAAAUUACCUUCUCGUCCGCCCUUAUCCUCAUCUCCGAAUCCUCUUUACCUCCCCCUCCCUCCAGAUCCCGGGAAUACUCCAAUCAUCAUUCCUAAACCGCAUUGGCGAGACAGGCGCCAAACGUGACGAUAUCAUUAACGCUAUGAAAGCUGGGCGAAGUGUCACCGCGCGAAUCAGGUGGCUGACCAAGUAUAAUGAUCAUGGCCGCAACCGCUGGGUUCACUGUACGCCGUUACUGGCGAAUAACGGCAAGGUCGGCGUAUGGAUGGUUAUUGUUGUUGAUGACGACGAAGAAGAGUCUGUUCGAUGGCAAGGCAACUGGCCGACCAUUUAG